CGCAGCGGCAGCUCCGGGCGGAUCGGUAUCUGUUACUCUCCGCCUUCCAGCAGCUCGGACACGAGGAGGGGAGGAGCAGGGGGAGAGCGUUUCAACACAUUUAUCCUGCCCUUCUGAGCCAGGACAAGCACCCCCCCCCCCCGCCAUGUACCAUUCACACAAGCCUGCCUAUGCCCCAUGGACAGACUGCCUUGCCACCAAGGGAGAGACACUUGCAGCUUGAGCUGCGCCACCAGAAGCGGAGCGUAAGCAGGCGCAGCAGCAGUCGCCUCUGGACGGACUAAGGCAGGAGGUCCGAGGUGAGGGGGGGGGGGGUUGCUGGCAGAUUUCCACCUCCUCAUCCCGGGGAGAGGAUGUCAGCGCCAGGGGUGCAGCACCGCUGGGCUGCUAAGACCCCCAUCCUCUCAGCCACCUUGUGGCUCCUGUGCUCCGCUACGCAGGUUUGUGGAGACCAAAACCAAGGAGCUAUUUUUCUGCGUGAAUUUACAUUGAUUCGGAGAGAGAGCCUCCAUGACGAUUUCUUGUCCGAUUUGCUGAAUAACCAUAAAACUGAAGAUCCGGGCACUGGAGGAGGAGAUAAUGGUUUGGAGUUACUUGAUGAACAGUUAACCAAAGCAAGUUCCAGAACAGCUCGGUCUGAAGAAGACCGAGAUACACUGUGGGAUGCCUGGGGUUCAUGGAGUGAAUGUUCACGCACUUGUGGAGGAGGGGCUUCCUAUUCACUCAGACGCUGCCUGAGCAGCAAGAGCUGUGAAGGGCGAAACAUUAGAUACAGAACAUGCAGCAAUGUGGAUUGCCCUCCAGAAGCCGGUGAUUUUCGGGCCCAGCAGUGUUCUGCUCAUAAUGAUGUCAAGUACCAGGGACAGUUUUAUGAAUGGCUUCCUGUCUCUAAUGACCCUGACAACCCAUGUUCACUGAAGUGCCAAGCCAAAGGGACAACCCUUGUUGUGGAACUGGCUCCGAAGGUCCUUGACGGCACGCGAUGCUACACUGAGUCACUGGAUAUGUGCAUUAGUGGCUUGUGCCAAAUCGUUGGUUGUGAUCACCAGCUGGGAAGCACUGUCAAGGAAGAUAACUGUGGGGUCUGCAAUGGCGAUGGGUCCACCUGCCGGCUGGUUCGAGGCCAGUAUAAAUCCCAGCUCUCAGCAAAUAAACCGGAAGAUACUGUUGUUGCUGUUCCCUAUGGAAGUAGGCACGUUCGUCUAGUGUUGAAAGGACCUGAUCACUUUCAUUUGGAAACCAAGACUCUACAAGGUGUGAAGGGUGAAAACAGCCUCAGCUCCACAGGCUCCUUCCUGGUGGACAAUUCUAGCAUCGACUUCCAGAAGUUUCCGGACAAGGAGAUACUGAGAAUAUCUGGGCCUCUCAGUGCAGACUUCACAGUCAAGGUUCGCUAUGCUGGUGCUGCUGACAGCACGGUACAGUUUAUCUUCUAUCAGCCCAUCAUUCACCGAUGGAGGGAAACUGAUUUCUUUCCUUGUUCAGCAUCUUGUGGAGGAGGUUACCAGCUGACAUCUGCUGAGUGUUAUGAUCUGAGAAGCAGCCGGGUGGUAGCUGAUCAAUACUGUCACUACUACCCUGAAAAUAUUAAGCCCAAGCCAAAACUUCAGGAGUGCAACUUGGACCCUUGUCCUGCCAGUGAUGGAUACAAGCAGAUCAUGCCCUAUGACCUCUACCAUCCCCUUCCUCGAUGGGAGAGUACUCCAUGGACAGCCUGCUCCUCCUCAUGUGGAGGGGGCAUUCAGAGCCGCACAGUCUCUUGUGUGGAGGAGGACAUUCAGGGGCACAUCAGCCCUGUGGAAGAGUGGAAGUGCAUGUACACACCAAAGAUGCCCAUUGUCCAGCCUUGCAACAUAUUUGACUGCCCAAAAUGGCUGGCCCAGGAGUGGUCUCCGUGCACUGUGACAUGUGGCCAGGGGCUGAGAUACCGUGUGGUUCUCUGCAUUGAUCACAGAGGGAUGCACACAGGAGGCUGCAGCCCUAAAACAAAGCCUCACAUAAAAGAAGAAUGCAUUGUACCCACUCCUUGCUACAAACCCAAAGAGAAACUUCCUGUGGAAGCUAAACUGCCAUGGUACAAGCAGGCACAAGAGCUGGAAGAUGGAGCAAUGGUGUCUGAAGAACCAUCGUUUAUUCCUGAGGCCUGGUCUGCCUGUAGUGUCACAUGUGGGGUGGGCAGCCAGGUGCGGCCUGUGAAGUGUCAGGUGCUCCUGUCUUUCUCUCAGUCUGUGGCUGACCUGCCAAUCGACGAAUGUGAAGGUCCCAAACCUGCAUCACAACGAGCCUGUUACAGCGGCCCCUGCAGUGGGGAGGCUGCUGAAUCUAACCCUGAGGAAAUUGAACUGAUCUAUGGGGGCCUCCAGGAUUUUGAUGAACUCUAUGACUGGGAAUACGAGGGCUUUACGGAAUGCUCAGAAUCCUGUGGAGGAGGUGUCCAGGAGGCUGUUGUGACUUGCUUGAACAAACAGACGAGAGAGAUUGCAGAUGAAACUCUGUGUGUGACCAGCCGCCGUCCUCCACAGCUACUGAAAGCCUGUAAUCUGGAGCCCUGUCCCCCAAGGUGGGAGAUUGGGAAAUGGAGCUUCUGUAGUCUCACCUGUGGAGUUGGACUGCAGACUCGAGAUGUCUUCUGCUCUCACCUCCUCUCAAGAGAGACGAAUGAGACAGUGAUUUUGGCAGAUGAGCUGUGUCAUAAACCGAAGCCCACCUUAGUGCAAGCCUGCAAUCGUUUUGACUGCCCACCAUCCUGGUACCCUAGAGAAUGGCAACAGUGUUCACAGACCUGCGGAGCUGGCACUCAGAAGCGAGAUGUGCUCUGUAAGCAGCGCAUGGCAGAUGGAAGUUUUUUGGAGCUUCCAGAAACCUUCUGCUCCACUCCGAGGCCAGUUGCCCAACAAGCCUGCAAAAACAAAGACUGUCCCAGCGAAUGGCUUCUUUCUGAAUGGACACAGUGUUCAGUGAGCUGUGGAGAGGGCACCCAGACUCGAAAUGCCAUUUGCAGGAAGAUGCUGAAAACUGGAGGUUCUGUCAUCAUCAAUUCCUCAAUGUGCCCACCUUUGCCUCUCUCUUCUUUAGUCAGGUCCUGUGCACUAGUUGCUUGCACAAGGCACAACAGGCCGGCUCAAAAGCAAAGCCCCCAUAUAAUGGCUCUGAAGAAUGUUUAUAUCCAGACAAAGAAGCAGAAGAAGCUACACUUUAUCGUGGGUGGCUAUGCCUACCUGCUGCCCAAAACCUCUGUUGUCCUCCGAUGUCCAGUGAGAAGGUUCCGCAAAUCAAUGAUCACUUGGGAGAAAGACAACAAGCAACUCCUCAGCUCAGUUCACAUUACCAUUGCACCACACGGGUACAUGAAGAUCCAUCGUUUAAAGCCUUCAGAUGCUGGGACGUACACCUGCACAGCAGGGCCAGCCCGGGAACAUUUUGUGAUUAAACUAAUUGGAGGCAACAAUAAGCUCAUCAUCAACCAGCCAGCUGGGAUUAGAGAGGAAGAGGGUACAAGGAAGUCCAGUUUGAAUGAAGCCUUGCACACUCAGGAGAAGCAUCAGAAUGGGAUUCUCUUCAAUAGGAGCAAGGCCGAGAAACGAGGGCAUCUGGCUGAUCCUAGCAGCCAGUACGAUGAUAUUGUCUCAAGACUUCUGAAGCAAAGAGGCUGGCCUGGGGAAAACCUGGAUUCCUGGGAGGCUCAGGAGUCGACAGAGAGAAAUACCUCUUCAGAAGAGGAGCAGAGUCAGGAAUACAGCCUUCCGUUUACCAUGGUCACGGAGCAGAAACGCUUGGAUGAUAUCAUAAGGAAUUUGUCUCAGCAGCCUGAGGAACUUAAGGAUGUCUACAGCAAGCAGCUUGUUGUGCAGCUGGCUGAUGACAUCUUCAAGAGCCAUUUGGAAAAUCAAGAAUCUCGUUUCAUACCCCAGAGGAGAAGAAUUGGUUCAGCUAUAGCAGAGUUCCCUUUCCGCAAACAUGUGUCGGGAUUCACCAGUUCCUUGAGAACGUCGUCUGCCGAAGCACACCUGCCUACUUCAGUGGAGGUGGGGAAUGGCUCACGCAGGCCCCACCGAAAGCCUGCAAUCCUCAGGAAGAUUUCUGCAGCUCAGCAGCUUUCAGCCUCUGAAGUUGUCACCCACUUGGGACAGACAGUUGUCUUAGCCAGUGGGACCCUAAGUGUGCUGCUUCACUGUGAGGCUGUUGGGAACCCAAAGCCCACCAUUAGCUGGGCUAAAAAUGGAGCAGAGGUGCAAUACAAUGACAGGAUACUCCUUCAGCCAGAUGACUCUUUGCAGAUUCUAGCACCAGUGGAAGCUGAUGUGGGUUUCUACACCUGCAAUGCAACUAAUGCUUUGGGAUCUGACUCUGUCUCCAUUGCAGUUACUUUAGCAGGAAAACCACUGAUCAAGGCAUCGAGAGCUACACUGAUCAACACAAAGUCCUCUGCUGUCAUGGUUGACAUUGGAAGCACAGUGAAAACAAUCCAAGGUGCAAAUGUUACCAUUAGCUGCCAAGUUGCAGGUGUACCUGAAGCAGAAGUUACUUGGUUGAGGAAUAGGAUCAAGCUGCCCCCUGCCUAUCAUCUGCAUGAUGGCUCAUUGCUGAUUGUGAACGUAACUCUGUCUGAUCAGGGGUUAUACUCCUGCAGGGCAGCCAAUCUUCGUGGGGAGGUGACUGAAAGCACACAGCUGCUGAUUCUUGAUCCCCCACAAACCCUCCUUCAAUUAGAAGAUUUGACAACAAUGCUUUUAAUCACGGGGCCAGAUAUUCCCUCAGUGCUGACCUCUCCUUCAGGAACAAGGAUGGUGCUAAAUCCUGGAAGUUCUGUCCUCAUCGGUUGCCCAGUGGAUGGUCAUCCAACUCCAAACAUCACUUGGUUUUAUGCUGGUCAGCCCAUCAGCAUGAGCCAUAACAUCCUGGCAGCUGGUCAGAUUCUUCAGCUACUCAACAUCAGUGAUGGUUAUCAAGGUGAAUUCAGCUGCCUGGCUCAGAAUGAAGCUGGCUCACUUCUGCAAAAAACAUCUCUGACAAUCCGAGAAUAUUGGUGGUCAGCAGACAGACUGAUGGCGUGUUCGGCCUCCUGUGGUAACAAAGGAGUGCAGCAACCCCAGCUGAGGUGCUUACUGGACAGGACUGAGGUCAACGCAUCCCACUGCAUAGAGAAGCCCAAGCCAGUGCUACAGCCCGUUGCUUGUAACAGAAGAGACUGCCCUUCAAGGUGGAUGGUGACAUCCUGGUCCCCUUGUUCACGGAGCUGCGGUGGAGGGGUCCAGACCCGGCGCGUGACAUGUCAGAGGUUGACCGCUAUAGGCAGUUCUGUCCCCAUGUCAAAUGAGGCAUGUGCCCAGGUUGCCAAACGCCCAGUGGAUACCCAGAUCUGUAACAGACAGCUGUGCGUGGAGUGGGUGGCCUCCUCCUGGGGUCAGUGUAAUGGGCCAUGCAUCGGACCACGACUAGCUGUACAGCACAGACAGAUUUUCUGCCAGACCAGGGAUGGGAAUUCUGUCUCUUCUGACCAGUGCAGUACCCUGCCAAGGCCUUUGAGCACACAGAACUGCUGGACAGAUAUCUGUGGUGUGCACUGGAGGGUCAGUCUAUGGACUCUGUGUACAGCUACAUGUGGGAACUACGGCUUCCAGUCCAGGCGAGUGGAAUGCGUGCAUGUUCGCACCAACAAACCCGUGCUAGAGCACUACUGUUCCUGGAGGCCCAGACCUGCAAACUGGCAACGCUGCAACAUCACCCCCUGCGAAAACAUGGAGUGCAGAGACACCACCAGGUACUGUGAGAAGGUGAAGCAGCUCAAACUCUGCCAGCUCACCCAGUUCAAAUCUCGCUGCUGUGGGACUUGUGGAAAAGCAUGAAGAUGAGAGCAAUUGAGAUAGGGAAUCAGAGGCAUCAGCCUUUGCUUCACUACAGAAAGGACUGUUACAAAACAAAUGGGACAGAAUUCAGUUUUCUUCAUUUUAUUUAUUUAUUUUUAUUUUGUAUUUUUUAACUUUACUGAAUUGGUGUUGUAAAGAACUUGGCAAGUUUUCCCUUCAGUGAGGCUGAGAGGUGGAAUGCAGCAAAGCACAGUCGUAGUGGGAGACCAAAAAGAAAGAGAAGACAAGCAACAUGUCAGGCCUGAGUGGAACAGAGCUGCCUAGGAAUCCUCAUACAGGCCUUGUGAUACACAUCAACCAGCAGAUGGGGAAAAACAUCAAAGCAAAAACUCCCAUUAGUAGCAGAUCAGACCACCAGGGCAUGGAUCAAACAGCUUGACAGAUCAUGGGCUACUGAAAAAAGGAAUUGAACUAAACAUUCAGCUAAGCAAUGGGCAGAGACAUCAUUUGCCCUAGAGGUCCCUUCCAACCUUGAUAUUCUAUGAUAUUCUGUUCUAGAAGGGUUUGUUAACAUAAACAUCUGGCUUUGGUGUUUUAAAACUGCUGUCCUAAAGCUGUAUUCCUGUUCUCUGUCUCCCUCUCUCUCCCUCUCAUAGUAUCUGAAAAAGAGGUUCAACAUUGUGCGAAAACAUGCAUAAGUUUAAAAUGCAUCUAAAUAAGUGCACCAAGUUUUUCCCCCAACAUAAAAAAGUGAAGUACAGUAUUAUGCAGAAAAGGAAAGUGAAUGACAGAAUGAUCUGCUAUUGACAGGCCUCCGUGCAUAUCUGCCAUCAUUGCUCUGUGCAGAGCACUUGUAGGAGGAGUUGUAUAUAUUUGUGGCAACAAGAGCUACUUACCAUGCUGCAUCUUAACAUGAUUAAAAUGUAUCUGGGGAAGAGAGAAGCCUGAGAUCCCAGAGUUAUUGGGCUUUCAGAUCUGGGGUUUUGGUCUAUUUCUAACUUUGAAUUUAUAGAAAUGAUUUCUAUGUCCUGCCAGUGUGGAAUUUUUCUCUCAAUUACAGCCAAAUCCUCCAGUGAUAACUAUUAAUUUAUCAAGAAGGAGAAUUCAAUUGGUCUGAUUUGUUAUAGUUCUUUCUGUCACGUAGACAUGCAGAAUGCUGCAUCAUCAGCUUUGGCCCCAAAGUGGUGGCACAGAUUCCUAAAAGAUGCACAAAAAAGUGGAUGCUAGAAAGUGAAGGAGUUCUAGUCCAUGAAUAGAACUCUACAGUCAGAGGUGAUCUGAGAAGUGAGUGUCAGAUUUCCCAUUUGUAACAUGAUUUUGCCUGCUCAUUGUGAUUCUCUCUCCUAAUUGCAUCGAUAAUCAAAAAUUAAGUGCUUCAUCCUUCAAGGUGCUGGGCAUCCUCAAGUCAGUGGAAAUCCAGGUUGCUCAGCACCUUGCAGAAUUUGUCCUGAAAUACUAAGUUUGGAUUUGAACUUCCCCAAAGUUUGAGGGAGAGAUGCCCAGAUCCAGAGUUUUGGUUUAGGACUAUCUCUAAAUGUAAGGUUUGGCUGUGCCUCUUGUGUCACCCCCAGUGGGACACUCGUCUUGUGAUGCAGUAAUAAAACACUGUUCAAGUAUUGCUAUGUUGCAGCUUACCUUACAUGUGGAUUUUUCAACAAGCCUGGAAGUUCUCCUGUGAGGUUAACACCAGGUCCAUUGCAUUAAAUUGCCUCCAGUUUGGUCAUUCCAAAGUGUGUGUGGCAGGGAACACUCUCUCUAUAAAUGGGUCUCUGAGAAAUCACGUUGCUAAGAAUCAGUGGAACUUUUAUUUAAAAACAAACAAAAAAGUCUUUUUAUGUAUGUAAAUGUAUAUCUUUUUGUGUAUAUUUAUUAGGAUUCCUUGUAUAAAAAGUGCAAUAUUAAUAAUUGUACAUUGUUGUCCAGAUAAAAACUAUUUUGGGGACUUUUUUUGUGAUCUCCCUGCAAUUUUGUUCCUCUAAAAUCAGUGGUAAUAGUGUAAUUUUCAUGGUUUUAUUAGCACUUUCAUUUAACUUUGGAUACAUUUCACUGUGUAAAGAUUGUUUCAUAAACUAUGACAAUUGGGGAAGAGAGGCUUUUCUACUUGUGAAACUAUAGUUAUGCAUGGAACAAGGAGGACAAAUUCUUUACUAAUGAUUUGGUGGUUGUUUCUAGUACAAUAGCUAAUGAAAAGCAGUGCAGGGAAGUAUUUACAUUUUUUAAUAGCAAAACAUAUUCAGACGAUCCCAAGUUGGAUAUUAGCCAUGUAACUGUGCUUAGGAUAAACAUUUGGAGCCAAGGUCUGGCAAGGCCACUGUGUCCCCUUCACACCAUAUAAAUAUAAUUUCAGAUGUUUGUCCUAUGAAUUGUGACUUGGCAGCAUCCCCAUAAGAUGAUGAGGAUUGCUGAGUAUUAUAGAAGGAGGAUUUCCUCCCCUAGAAAACCUGUAUUUAUGUCAUUUUUGUACAGAUAAUGCAGCUUGCUUAUUUAAUUACUUUUGUCUGACUCAUUCUUUAUUAACCUUAAAACAGGAGCUACCAAGGUGGCAGAGCUUUCAGGGUUCUCCAGCCUCCUUCUCUAUCUCCACAGUUUGCUCAGGUUUGCAAAGCUAAUCAUCUCCAUGCCAUCGCCAAUGGAGCUCGUAAGUUUCUUGAACAAUCAAAUGCACACUUGGGGGGAAAUCCUGCCUCUGUUGCACUGGCACACUGAGCCUGAAAAGCGGUGUGCCUAACUCUCCCCAUGUGAGCAUGGAGUGGGGCCAUGAGUCAGGAACUACACAGAUUUGCUCACGAACACCUGCUGUGCAAGAAGAGGGUAGUAUGUUGCAACCACUAGAAUAGCCUCAAACAAUAGUGACUGUGUAGUGGUUGUACAGCUUAUCCAUACCCCAGGUCCAGUUGGGAAGGAGGAUUGUCAUUCAUGGCAGAUAUCUUGUCCGCCUCAGCCCUACAAAUCCUGAAUAAACAAUGAGUCUGAAUUCAGCACACACAGGUAUGGUGCAUCUGUUUGUGCCCAGCUAUUGAUUUCCACUGGGCUCAGACUGACAAAAGUGAUAUAGUCGUUAAAUCAAAAUAUUCUUUAAAAGCAAGCAAAGGUGUUCAUCCUCAGUUAGGAGUAUGUCUGUGUCAAGUUUCUGCUGGAGCCCUUUUCAAACAAGUGAGGUUGCAGCUCUUUUACAAAGGGAAUAGAGAUUUUGUUCACUCUCCUCUAAUUCAAAACCUGAUCUAGUUUUUUUCCAAUAGGUAGCUUUUAAUUGUAAGUUUCACAGGAAAUUCCACAUGGAAAAGUCUGUGGUUUAAAAGAGGAGAGGAAACUUGUGACUGGGGGUGGAGGUGUAAUCUAAAAUCAGAAUCAAUCAGAGAUUAAUUAAAACCUCACCCUUAACAGUCAUUUCUGAAUUUAUUGGCAGCUGAAUACUGCUCAGCAGUGACACAAGGGUUCCACAAAAACCCCUUUACACAAAGACUGAUGUUACCCUGCUCCAUGGACUCUGGUAACAAAGUAGCACAUGGAGCCAUAUUUAAAACAGAGUUGUCAACAACAUCUUCCCAAAGUCCAGACUUUGUAUAUUAUUUCAUCCACCUGUAAGGGAUGAUUUUAUGAGGGGAGGGACAGGAGUAGCACUAUGUAAAAUGGCUUCAUGCUAUUUUGUGGCUAAGAUUGUUUGAGAAUAAAAGAUACCCCUGAAGCACAGUUGCUAUGGAAAUUGAGGUGAAGACCAUAUACUGUGACCUGAACUUGGCAGUAGCUGGACAUUUUCUAGAUGUGAAAAGCAACGUUUUAAAACAUUUAAAAUGAUAGUGCUUAUCCUAUGAAAAGGGAGACUACAGACAAGUCAGUUUAACUUCUGUACCAGGAAAGAUAAUGGAGAAAAUAAUUAAGAAAUCAAUUUGCAAACACCCUGAAGCCAAUGAGGUGAUUGUGACAUUGCACUCCAUGUGUUUAUGGAAAUAUGUUUGUAAGUGUAAAUAUGAUGUAACUGGAAUAUACUUUAUGCAAAAGGUCUCUUGUAAGGUAUCAUUACAAAGCAUAUAAUCUACUGAGCGUGUUCAUCCUGUUUGUAUGAAUGUAUCAUUCUUGUAUCUGAAAUUAGGAAUAUGAAAUAUAAUUCUGAAGUCCUAUUGUAGUUAUGCAAAGUGUGGGCCAUUAAUGGUGGUUUGGAAUCUAGAUGGCCCCAUUAACUAGGACAAUUGGUUGUGGAUGACUCUGUUUACUUGUAAGCCUUCCUGUAUACGUGUGCACAGGUCACAUGAUACUGGAAUCUAUCUUUAACCUGGUACUUUUCCAUUUAGAAGGAGGGAGUGAGCCCAGAGAGAGACAAAGGAUUCCCGCCUUGUGCCAAAACUAUAAAAGGGAGUGGAACAGAACAAAGGGGUCUCAGUCAUGUGGAAUCCCCUGCUUUUCACCUAAAAUGCCUGCUGGAACUAACAAGAACUGUACCGGGAGAAAGGAUUGGGCCCAAACUGAGAAGGAGGUUGGUCUGUGAAAGAAGCUUAUUGGAACAUCUCUGAGGGUGAGAUUUACCUGUAUUCAGUUUCUUAAUGUAUUAGGCUUAGGCUUGGGUGUUUUGCUUUAUUUUACUUGGUGACUGACUUUGUUCUGUCUGUUAUUACUUGAACCACUUAAAUCCUACUUUUUAUUCUUAAUAAAAUCACUUUUGUUUGU